AUGACCAACAAACCCGUCAAUGCGAAUGAUGAAGAUAUCGUAGACGGAAUGGUUGACGCUGGAAAACCACUCACCCACCCGACGUCCAUGUCAUAUAGUCUUCAGCGGAUCCGACUGGGCGAAUUAUGCCGCGAAAUCACGGAUAGUGCUCCCUUUGGAAUCUCCGAUCCCGGAAUACCAGACUAUGAACACACUAAGCAAAUCGAUAGCAAGAUUUGUGACUUUGCCAAGAGUCUUCCCUCGUUCUUUUCUUUGUCCUACAACUCGACUGAGUUGCCCAAGGCCGACUCUUGGAAAUCGACCGGAUUAAUUGCACAACGAUACAUUAUCAAUUUCCUGCUUCAUGCCCAGAGAUGCAGAUUACACUUGCCCUACCUGUCACGAGCAUUUAAGGAUCCAGCCUACAAUUACUCGCGGAUAGCCUGUCUGGAGGCAGCUCGGAUGGUCAUUCGAACCGAACGCCAAAUCUCGCUAGAGACAAUUCCCUUUGUAUUGGCGAGGUUGAAGUUCUCGGGCAUGCUACAUUGUAUCUGUGUGGCAAUUAUUGUUCUUCUCAUAGACUUUUGUGGAAGCAAUUCUCAGCAGGAAGAAGAAAAAGUGGACCGAGCAGAGCUUUUGCAAGCUUUUAGGAUUUUGGAGGACGCCAAAGGACAGUCUCCUUUCGCAGAAAGGCUGCUGGAAUCUUUCAAGAUGGUUCUCCGCCGGCACAAUGCUUCGGGUUCAGCAGUCGAUCAUAAUACGACACGAUCAUCCGACCAGGGAAGUUCACAUUCGGCGGGCAUUGUCGGCGGCUCUAACACACCUACCAACAUGGUAGGAUGGGCAGGAACAAACACCGAUAAUUUCCCAAUGGACCCCACACAGCCUGGUCUCGAUGACCUCUGGCAGGUAUUUGAUAACAAUAUGGACUCUGCAAUGGUGGACUGGAACACUUUCUUUGCGGAGUUGGACCCUUCUUUUUUGUCUACACCAUGUAUGAAGUAG